AUGCGGCGGCUGCUGGGGGCUCUUCGCCGUGUGUCCCUGGGAGCCAGGAUUUCUGCCAGCACCUGGCGGCCGUGGCUGGGCGGGGGCCAGCACCUGAAGUCUGUGGCUCUCCUUCCCAGUGCCCUUAGCCGCUGUCUCUCAGGCUCCAGCUUCAACAUCCCGCCCAGUGCUGAGUUUGUGGCCCGGCCCUCAGGAAUCUGCUCCAUGAUGAAACUCCCCGUCCAGACCUCAACCGAGGGGCUGGAUGCGGCAUUUAUUGGCAUCCCUCUGGACAUCGGCACAUCCAACCGGCCUGGAGCCAGGUUUGGUCCUCGUCACAUCCGCGCAGAGUCGGCGAUGCUGCGACGCUACAACCCAAGCACCGGGGCUGCCCCGUUCGACUCUCUCCUGGUUGCCGAUGUUGGGGACGUGAACGUGAACCUCUACAACCUGCCCGACAGCUGCCAGCGCAUCCGUGGCCACUACGCAGAGAUAGUGGCCUCUGGCUGCGUGCCCCUCACCCUGGGUGGCGAUCACACCAUAACGUACCCAAUCCUGCAGGCUGUGGCAAAAAAGCAUGGCCCCGUGGGGCUGGUGCACGUGGACGCUCACACCGACACCAGUGCUGCGGCGCUGGGCGAGCCCAUCUACCACGGCACCCCUUUUCGGCGCUGUGUGGACGAAGGACUGCUGGACUGCAGGCGUGUGGUGCAGAUCGGCCUCCGUGGCUCCUCCUAUGCCCCUGACGCCUAUCAGUACAGCCGGGAGCAGGGUUUUCGGGUCGUCCUGGCUGAAGAGUGUUGGCUCAAGUCGCUGGUGCCACUCAUGGAGGAGGUGAGGGAGCAGAUGGGGGACAAACCCAUUUACAUCAGCUUCGACAUUGAUGGUCUGGACCCCGCGUAUGCCCCAGGGACUGGGACACCCGAGAUAGCCGGGCUCACGCCCACCCAGGCUCUGGAGAUUAUUCGCGGCUGCAAAGGCCUGAAUAUUGUGGGAUGCGACCUUGUCGAAGUGGCACCAGUAUACGAUGUCUCAGGUAACACUGCCCUCUUGGGGGCAAAUCUGCUCUUUGAAAUGCUGUGCGUGCUUCCCAAAGUGAAAACCCUGUAAGGGCAGCUCCUGUCUCUCCCCUGGACAUUUCUGCCACUGCCCCGACCCUGUGUGCACAGAGGCCCCGGGGACCUGUUGCAGUUUGAAGCGGGCAGCGGGGAGGAGAUAUCAAAUACUGUGGUAGCUAUAGGCGCAACUCUGUCAGUAUCACAUUUACGAACUGUAACAGUAACUGUAACAGUCUGUCAACUGUAGGUUCGAUCGCCUUCCAAACGAGUAGAGUUCGUGAAUAGCAUGAUUUAUUCAAAUGCAACAUUUACAAAGCAGGUUUCGGAUGUCUGUAUGGAAAACUCUUUAUUACAGUGUGGAAAUUGUAGCUA